UCUCUUUCUCUGCAACAAGCUUCUGUAACUAGUAUUAGCUUAGCAGGUCCAUUUUCCAGAACUUAUGGCAGUGGCAGUGUCACAAAAUCGACUACUUCUACUGAAUCAAUGGCAGAAGAGAUUGUAGAACCUGGACUUAGACGAGAAACAAUUUCUAGUUUUACAGAUGUCCAGGUUAGACGAGAGGAAGUGCUAGAACUGACAAAGCACGAGUUAGAAAAACCUGUGGAUAUCUUCCUGACUGAGACAGAAACAAUUUGGUUAUUUAACAUGCCAACUGUUACGAUAUCUACAGAGUCUGAAGAAGCCGACAAUGUAAAGAAAAGGAAUGUUGCUUAUAUGGAACUCUGUAAAAACAGAAUUGGAAAUGAUCGAUACGCCAGUAGAAUGAUGCAAACACUGAAUGGAGCACCAAAGACAAAGGAAGUACAAUGUGACAAAAUUAUAAUGGCUGACAAAGAGAUAAUGGCUACUACCUGGGAUUUAUUUGAUUCUUUUAAUGCUCUGGAGGCAGCAACAGCAGAAAAAAUUAGUGGACCUUUUACUGCAUCAGCUGGAAAAUCAGCUGCAUUCAAAGAGCAUGACAAAACCGUGUCCCGUGGUUCUUUGGAAGCAGAAAGCUUCACUUCAAGUUCCAUUAUUGAUCUUGAAAGUGUAAUUCUCUCCCGAAUCCAUGAAGAAACAGAAGACCACUCAGAAAUUAUAUUGAAGUCUGAUAAAUUUCAUCAAGAUCUAUUUUAUAUGGAAAGAGUCCUAAUGGAGAAUAUUUUCCAGCCUAAACUUGCAGCUUUUCGGCAACUUCCUAUCCUCAUAGAGCCAGAGGUCAGAUCUGAUUAUAGUGAAUCUGAAUUUGAUAAUAUAUCAGAAAAGGAGGAGGAACAGGAGGAAGAACAGGAGGCAGAAGAGGAGCCAUCAGUUAAAUCAUCCUUGCUGCUAGAUUUUGGUGAAGGACAAGAAGAAAUGCCACCACCGUUUAUGGAAGCCUUGUGGUCCUAUGGAUGCAAUUUGACUAAAGGCAACAAUGUGAGCUGUAUGGCUUGGAACAAGUUAAACCCUGAUCUUUUAGCUGUAGGUUAUGGGCAGUUUCGUUUUAAAGAGCAGAAGAAAGGCUUGGCUUGCUGCUGGUCACUGAAAAACCCUAUGUGGCCAGAACGUAUCUACAACUGUGCUUAUGGGGUAACUGCACUUGAUUUCUCUACAGCCAAUCCAAACCUUCUAGCAAUUGGACUGUUCAAUGGGACAAUAGAGAUUUAUAAUGUCCAAUCCCGAAAUCGAACUUCAGUUCUAGAUACCAGCGAAUCCCACGAUAAACAUUUAGGGCCUGUGUGGCAGCUGCGAUGGGUAGAGCAAGACAGGGGGACAACAGGAGAAGACAAAGGGGAGAUACUCGUCUCCAUAUCAGCAGAUGGCAGAGUAACUAAAUGGUUUCUUCGGAAAGGACUAAGCUGCACAGACCUAAUGAAGCUAAAGCGAACCACAAUGGAAAAGAAAAAAACAGGAACAGAAAAGAAAUCUGAAGCACUUAUAUCUCGACAGGCUCCAGGGCUAGCCUUUGAUUUUCAUCCAAAGGACACUAAUAUCUACAUGGCAGGAACUGAAGAAGGUUAUAUUCAUAAAUGCUCUUGUUCUUACAAUGAGCAGUAUCUGGAGACCUACAGAGGACACAAAGGCCCUGUGUAUAAGAUCACAUGGAAUCCUUUCAUUACAGAAGUGUUUUUAAGUUGUUCUGCAGACUGGACUGUCAUGCUGUGGCGCCAGGAUUCAGUUCGCCCAGUUUUGAUAUUUAGUUCCACUACCGAUGUUAUUUAUGAUAUAAUGUGGUCGCCCAAUUCCGCCUACGUGUUCGCAGCAGUGAAUGAAACUAGGGUAGAAAUCUGGGACCUAAGUGUGAGCACGUUGGAUCCCCUGAUUGUGAAUCCUGCUACUGGCAAUUUGAAAUUCACAACUGUACUUUUUGCUAAAAAUGCAGAUUGCCUUCUGAUUGGGGACAGUGAUGGACUAGUCACUGUUUAUGCACUGAGAAAUAUGACUGUCUCGGACAGAAAGAAGGUAUGUUAUGCUGCCUGAAAAGUUAGUGUGCCUGAGCCUGGUAUAAGCAACUAAGCCUCCUGUUUCUUGGUAGUAAUUUAUUAUUUUGAGCUGAG